AUUUCGUACUGAAAAAAAAAAAUACUGAAUCCCUAAAAGCUAUCGAUUUUGCUUGCGACUUCCUUUCUUCUCUCUCGCAAAUCCGAAAUCUCUCCCUCAUAUCUUAUUGCCUCUUCUACAAAUCGAAUAUACAAAGGUAGAAAUUGGACAUUCACUUGGGGCUGUUCAUGCUUAAGUAUUUAUGGAAGGUUAUCUUCAAAUUAAAUAUAAACAAAAAUGGCAAAAUUCAUUUUUUUUCCAUUAUUAGAUUGAUUAGAAGGACUCUUUCUCCCAAGAUCUCUCUGUACGAACCCUAAGGAAGAAAUAUAGAUGCAAUUGAUUUGGGGCUUCAUCACAUUCCUCACUCUACCGCUGGUAUUAUCAAGUUCCAAGAGCCAAUUCAACUGACUUUCAUCGUCUUCAGUACCUAACAGAAAAAGGGUUCCAAAUUGGUCACCAUGUGGAGGAACCCGGUGAGUUUCUCAUCAAAGCUGCUAGCGAACCGUAAUUAUUACCUCCAUGGAUCGUGGUUUCCAUCUAUUUUUGCUGCAAAUGAUGUUGUGUCUGUGCCGCAAUUGCUGUGUCGCUGCUCAUUGUCAUCCACAGCUUCUACAACCGCCGCUGCCACUUCAUCUGCAGAUUCCUUAAAAUCCAUGCUUCUGAACCGCAAAUCUGAUGGAAUUCGAGCUUUUUCCGCAUCUUCCUCGGCUCUUGAUCUCUCAUUGUUGUCUUCCGCAAUGCAGUUGGCACGCCACUACAGCCGCUGCUACUGGGAGCUAUCCAAAGCUCGGCUCAGCAUGUUAGUUGUUGCAACUUCCGGAACUGGAUAUGUUCUUGGGAGUAGCAAUGCUGUCGAUUUGGCUGGACUUUGUUGGACCUGUGCUGGUACGAUGAUGGUUGCAGCAUCUGCUAACUCAUUAAAUCAGGUGUUUGAGGUCAAUAAUGAUGCCAAAAUGAAAAGAACUAGGCACAGACCACUUCCUUCAGGGCGUCUUACAAUACCUCAUGCUGUGGCUUGGGCAUCUUCUGUUGGUUUAGCUGGCACUGCUUUAUUGGCAUGCAAGGCUAAUAUGUUGGCAGCUGGGCUUGGAGCUUCUAAUCUUAUUCUUUAUGCAUUUGUAUAUACUCCACUGAAGCAGAUUCACCCAGUCAACACAUGGGUUGGGGCUGUUGUUGGUGCCAUUCCACCUCUUUUAGGGUGGGCUGCAGCUUCUGGCCAUGUUUCACUCAAUGCAAUGAUUCUUCCUGCUGCACUUUAUUUUUGGCAAAUACCUCAUUUCAUGGCCCUUGCAUAUUUGUGUCGCAAUGAUUAUGCUGCUGGAGGGUUUAAGAUGUUCUCUCUUGCCGAUGCUUCUGGUCAAAGAACUGCCUCGGUAGCUCUGAGGAACUGCCUAUAUCUUGUUCCACUGGGAUAUUUAGCAUACGACUGGGGUGUGACAUCCGGUUGGUUUUGUCUUGAAUCAUCACUUCUGACUUUAGCAAUAAGUGCCUCAGCGUUUUCAUUCUACCGAGACCGAACAAUACACAAAGCGAAGAGAAUGUUUCAUGCCAGUCUUUUAUAUCUUCCUGUGUUUAUGUCCGGGCUUCUAUUGCACCGUCAAUUAGGAGAGGAUGAGCUUUGGACUUCACUGGAAGCAGUAGUAGCAGACUCUGGACAUGACAACCAAAAGAGCAAAGAAAGGCAUAGAAAUAUAGAUAAACAAGCUCGUCCACCUGUAGCAUAUGCUUCUGUUGCACCGUUUCCUUUUUUGCCAGUACCUUCAUAUGCUGGUCAAUAAUUUAAAUUCUUCUGGAACUGUGAUUCAAUAAAGGAACUAAGCAAGCAGUAGCCCUAUGGGUGGAAUACUGAGCUUCUCUCCGGCAUUCUCGAGUUUGUUUUUGUAUUUCCAUUGAGUUGAAAAAACAGAGUUGUUAGGAUGAAAAGAGAUGCAGCAGAAAUAUACCAUGUGAUCAGACCUCAAUUUCCUCUCACCUUUGGCAAAUAAAUAAGGCGGCAUUUGGUUCGUGAGUCUCAAUCUAUUUGGAGCUUUUGUUUUUAUUAUUAGUUGAUUUUGUAUUUAUAUUUGGAAAGAAAUUAUGCAUUCCCCUGCAUAAAUUGGGACCCAUGUCUAAUUUUCGGUCUUCGGGCAGAGCGACUGACAUUUUAAGGUAUAUAGAAGGCUUUAGAGAAUUUUGAGAGUU